AUGGAUCAGGUAGAUUUGACCAAUCCUGAAAGUUACACCACACAGACGUUGCUCUUGAUCAGUCAGGUGAUGUUUGACUGCUUACAUUCAUUGUCGGGGAAGAAUUUUGAUGUUGAAACUGUUUUGGAAAAGCUGAAAGAGAACCCGUUGAUGGAGUCCAGUGAUAGCUGGACGCCGUCCAAGUCCGAGUUUUUGCAGUUGUUCAACAAUCUCAUGUUGGAGAAUCAAUUGAUAGAAACGCCAGAUAAAAGUUUAGAUUAUUACAAAGAAAAUGAACCGCUGGUCGUUGAGAUCUGCGAACGAUUAUACAAGAUGCGCAUCAGUGAAUUGAACGCCAAGGUAGACGAGAAUAAAAAGAAGUUUAACGAGCUAUUGCAAGUGGUAAAGGAAGCCAGCACCUAA